AAUCGAUCUGGAACCUCUAUAAUAUAUGGAAAACCCUCUAAUAUAUAGAUUAUAUAGAUUUAGAUUUCAUUCGAAUUCGAAGCGGAUUCUUUUUAGAUUCAAGGACUAAGUACUGAAUCAAAAUAAAAAGCAGAGAAUAAGCCCGCUACGUUAUAAUGGAACUCAUGUUUGAUAGAAAACUUAGAUCACAUAAAUUCAACGAAGGAGGUAGGGUUGAUUAACAAGUCACCGAUCAAAAAAUGGCAAAAAAGAAAGUAUUCAUUCCCCUUCUCUCUCUUACAUCCAUAGUAUUUUUGCCUUGGUGGAUCUCUCUCCUUUUUAAUAAAAGUCUGAAACCCUGGAUUACUCAUUGGUGGAAUACUAGGCAAUCCGAAAUUCUGUUGAAUGAUAUUCAAGAAAAAAAUAUUCUACAACAAUUCAUAGAAUUAGAGGAACUCUUCCUGUUGGACGAAAUGAUAAAAGAAUAUCCGGAAACACAUUUACAAAAACUUCGUAUAGGAAUCCAAAAGGAAACGAUCCAAUUGCUAAAGGCGCACAAUGCGGGUUGUAUCGAUACGAUUUUGCACUUUUCGACAAAUAUAAUCUGUUUCGUUAUUCUAAGUGGUUAUUCAUUUUUGGGUAGUGAGGAGCUUGGUAUUCUUAACUCUUGGGUUAAAGAAUUCCUAUAUAAUUUAAGUGACACAAUAAAAGCUUUUUCUAUUCUUUUUUUAACUGAAUUAUUUACCGGAUACCAUUCGACGCAUGGUUGGGAACUAAUGAUUGGCUAUAUCUACAAAGAUUUUGGAUUUUCUCAUAAUGAUCAGAUUCUAUCUGUUCUUGUUUCCACCCUUCCGGUCCUUAUAGAUACAUUUUAAAAAUAUUGGACCUUUCAGUAUUUAAAUCGUGUAUCUCCAUCCCUUGUAAUUAUUUAUCGUUCAAUGAAAGAGAGUCGCUGAU